AUGAAAACCUUUCGCUCACUCACACGCACACGCACAGUGCGGAGGGUGCAGCGGGACAUGAUUCGGGUGGUGGCGCCGGAUGAGGGCGUGCUGCAGGAGAUGUUGCUACUAGAGCUGCAAGGGAAAGUCGUCAUUCCACCCAAAAUGUUUAAGGAGGCUCGUGAGCAGCAGCAGCAGCAGCGGGACCAGCGGGAAGACGUUUUGGGUGCGAAGCAUCCACGUGAUGCUGACGAGGCUUUGACACAGGCAGAUGCGUCUGGUGGUGUAUUGGGCCAAGAGACGGUGAUGGAGGUGCCACUUGGCCUCAUUGCUAAUGACCCACGCAACGAGAGACGCUGCUCAUUGCGCAUUGGAUCUUUGCUCGUGGAGGGUAGCCGCGGCCGGUACAGUGAGCCCCUGCUUGUGCUAAAGCAACGGAAGCCACCUCGAGAUCAAUGCCCUGUCCCCGAGGCACAGGAGCGUCCGCGCGUUUCCUCAUCUUUAGCAUCGACGUCACGGUGUUGUUUGUUGCAGGAAUGGCUUGCGGAGCAUCCGGAGGAACUGACGUUGGAUGCCGCGUUUGCCGCCGUCGACACCAACGUGACGCCAACAAAGACGUAUGAACUUGUGGGCAUUGUAGAGCGCUACGUGCACUUGAACUCCAAGCCGUUGCGGACGCUGCUAUGA